UCUCUGUAGCCUCGCCCACCAAGUACAAGCAUUACUGCAAACACUUGCCAUCUCGCCACGUGAGAGGAGAAGCCCGCAGCGCUGGUGCCUGAGCGGAUCGGGAAAGGAUGGCCGGCGGCGCGGACGCGGACGGGGAGCGCCGGAUCGGGGUGGCCAUGGACUACUCAGCCAGCAGCAAGAGGGCGCUGGAGUGGGCCGUCCGGAACCUGCUCCGCCGGGGCGACACCGUCGUCGUCCUCCACGUCCAGCGCCACGGCGGGGAGGAGGCCAAGCACGCCGUCUGGGCCAAGUCCGGAUCCCCGCUGAUCCCUCUGUCCGAGUACCGGGAGCCGGAGGUGAUGAAGAACUACGGCGUCACCUGCGACGCCGAGGUGCUCGACAUGCUCGACACCGCCGCGCGCCAGCUCGAGCUGAAGGUGGUGGCCAAGGUGUACUGGGGCGACGCCAGGGAGAAGCUCUGCGACGCGGUGGAGGAGCAGAAGAUCGACACCAUCGUCAUGGGCAGCCGCGGCCUCGGCACCAUCCAGAGGAUUCUUCUGGGAAGCGUGACGAACUACGUGCUGUCGAACGCGUCGUGCCCUGUGACAGUCGUCAAGGGAGACCGUUAGGUUCGCCAUCGGCGUGCAUCGGGAUGUGCUUCAUCGUUUUCUGCUCCGUUGCUGCGUCCGAAUAAAGUAUGGAGCCUAUUGUGUUUUCUGUAUGCCGCAGCCUUGGCAGAAUAUUGGAGCCGUGUAUGUUUCUGAACAUUUGGAUUCAAAUUCAGUAAAGUAUCUGGCAAUAUUUGUUUG